AUGUCUGGGAAACGAAUUCUCGUUCUCUUUGAUAUUGAUGGGACACUCACACCAUCACGUCUUCAUGCUCCACCAGAGAUUAUCCAAAUGAUCAAAGACUUGAGAAAAGUUUGUGAUGUAGGUGUUGUUGGAGGUUCCGACCUACCGAAACAGUACGAUCAGCUGGGAAAUGAUGUUUUUGAUUUAGUUGACUAUUCAUUUUCCGAAAAUGGUCUUGUCGCAUACAAAGGCCAUGAAAGAAUUGGAAACCAUUCAAUCAGAACGGCCAUUUCACCCGACCAAUACAAGCGCUUUGUCAAUUUUGUGCUUAGAUACAUAGCAGAUCUUGAUAUUCCUGUCAAAUCAGGAACAUUUGUUGAAUUACGUACAGGUUUAAUCAACAUCUGCCCAAUUGGAAGAAACUGCACGCAACAAGAGCGCAAUGAAUUUGGAAAGCUUGAUAAGGUUCAGCAUAUUCGCCAUAAUAUGGUAGAAGCAAUGAAGAAAGAAUUUCCAGAUCUGAAAUUGCAGUAUUCGAUCGGUGGACAAAUUUCUUUCGACGUUUUCCCAAUUGGCUGGUCGAAAGUAUACUGCCUCCAAUUUGUUGAAGGAAAAUAUGAUGAAAUCCACUUCUUUGGAGAUAUGACCUGCGAAGGAGGUAACGAUCACGAAAUUGCUCACGAUAAAAGAGUUAUUGCUCAUACAGUUAAGAAUCCAGCUGAUACGUUACAGCAGAUUACCGAAUUAUUCCUCAAAAAAUAA